GAGAGCUCGUUGCAAACUUGCAGGCUGCAGCAGCUCUGCGCUCCGCCCGCGCUUCACUCUCUUCGGUUCGUGCAGAAACACGAAAAGCCCUAAUUACUACUCGUAGAGUGGCCGUUCAGAAAACCCACACUAACACAGCAGCCGUCACACAAAGCUUCUGUGUGCUCGUACACUGCAACCGCCGCCGCAGCUGCUCUCUCUCGCAGGACCCAGUUCAAAUCUGGUGAUAUCGCCAGCUUCAUAAUCACAUAUAAGGGAAUCUCCAUCUGUUGGACUUUGAUGGCUCCAUUGCACACCAUUUCCACUUGUUCAUCGACUACCAGUCUCGGUUUCUGCGGGUCCAAGCGAGAUGCUUUUGGUUGUCAUGAUAAGUUGUACUGUCCCAGGAAGGUGUCUUUGUUCCAAGAGUUAGGAGCAAAGGCAAGUGAGCUUUGUGGGCAUGGGAUUAUUUGUAACAGUGGAGAUACUAUUCGAUCUCCUAAAAAUCGAGCUAUUCAAGCAGUUUUGGCCGGUGAAAAAGAUACAGAUAUUUCUGGUGCUCCAAAGGGUAAAGGCCUCCGUGGUCAACUGAACAAAGUGGUUCUAGCCUACAGUGGUGGCUUAGACACCUCAGUUAUUGUUCCAUGGCUAAGGGAGAAUUAUGGCUGUGAUGUUGUAUGCUUCACUGCUGAUGUUGGUCAAGGUCUGAAGGAAAUGGAUGGUCUGGCAGAGAAGGCCAAGGCAAGUGGGGCUUCCCAAUUGGUUGUGAAGGAUCUGAAGGAGGAAUUUGUGCAAGAUUACAUAUUUCCUUGCUUGCGAGCUGGUGCACUUUAUGAAAGGAAGUACUUGCUGGGGACCUCAAUGGCCCGUCCUGUUAUUGCAAAGGCCAUGGUUGAUGUUGCUAAAGAAGUUGGAGCUGACGCCGUCGCACAUGGAUGCACAGGGAAGGGCAAUGAUCAGGUCCGUUUUGAGCUCACUUUCUUUGCUUUAAAUCCUGAACUGAAUGUUGUGGCUCCUUGGAGGGAAUGGGAAAUCCAAGGUAGAGAAGAUGCUAUUGAAUAUGCUAAGAAACAUAAUGUUCCUGUUCCUGUGACAAAGAAAUCUAUCUACAGCAGAGAUAGGAAUUUAUGGCACCUUAGCCAUGAGGGAGACAUUUUGGAAGAUCCAGCAAAUGAGCCAAAGGAAGACAUGUACAUGAUGUCUGUGAACCCAGAGGAUGCACCAGAUAAACCUGAAUAUGUACAAAUUGGGAUUGUUUCGGGACUCCCUGUUUCAGUCAAUGGGAAGAAACUUUCCCCAGCAUCGCUCCUUUCUGAGCUCAAUGAACUUGGCGGGAAGCAUGGAAUUGGCCGUAUUGACAUGGUUGAAAAUAGGCUAGUUGGAAUGAAGAGUCGUGGAGUCUAUGAAACUCCUGGUGGAACCAUACUCUUUGCUGCUGCUCGGGAGCUCGAAUCUCUAACCCUUGAUCGGGAAACAAUUCAGGUCAAGGACUCCCUUGCCCUCAAGUAUGCAGAGCUUGUGUACGCUGGCAGGUGGUUUGACCCUCUCCGGGAGUCCAUGGAUGCAUUCAUGGAGAAGAUCACAGAGACCACCACCGGUUCAGUGACUCUCAAACUCUACAAGGGAUCAGUCACUGUGGCUGGCCGGGAAAGCCCUUAUAGCCUGUACAGGCAGGAUAUUUCAUCAUUUGAGAGUGGGCAGAUCUAUGAUCAGGCUGAUGCUGCUGGAUUCAUCAAGCUCUAUGGUCUUCCCAUGAGGGUCAGAGCCAUGCUUGAGAAAGGUAUCUGAGGGCUUUCCUGUUUGUUCUGUGUAACAUUAAAUUUAGCCCCUCAUUGAAUAAAAUAUCAUUUGAGGGUGAAUUGAAGUAUUCUUGAGUUUGCACUUAUUUAUGGGAAGUCACCACUGAAUUUUUGCUGCAA